AUGGGCGCUGUGGAACACAUAGACGAUGUCGUCCCACCGCAAUACGAAAUACGAGCCACCCGAUAUGGUGGUCGCGGUGUUUUUGCACUUCGUCCGAUCCCAAAAGAUACCCUUGUUCUAGCCUGUGCUGCUCCUUACGCCAGCGUUGUCUUCCGAAAGUUCAAACGAGAGGUGUGCGGCUGGUGUUUUGCGUACUCAUUCGAAAGCGGGAAAAACAAAUGGAGUAUUCGAAAUGGGGACGGAGGUGGGGGGACGUGGUUCUGCAUGGACGAGUGCCGUGAAUCGUGGAAAAUCGUCACGCAAGCUAACAAGCGGAAAGUGAGCUGUGACCGAAAACCGAGCUCCAAUUCUGGUGCUUCUCCCAUGUUGGAACACCUGGACAACCUCAAGGAGGGAGAUGUCACACCAGAAGCAAUUAGCCACGGUUGGAAAGUCGCUGAAAAGGUUUUCUUUGAGGAGGCAAAAUCCGUUGCGGGUUCUUGGGGUGUGGAAGUGAUGAGUGAAUUUGAAAUGGACACCGUUCGUUUCGUUUUGAACGGUCUUAUCACCCGAGCCAUCCAAGAAAUUUCGCCUUCCACCUCUUCCGCUGCCACCGCCGGAGUAUGGGACGAUCUACUGUCACUUCAGGAUAACGAAUAUGCUCUCAUCCGUUCCAAACCCUAUAUCCUUGCUUCGCGGAUCCGUAUUUACGGGUUCAUCAAGCGAUUCGUGCAACUUGCACGAUCCGAGCUUGUCUCUACCCCGGAAACGGUACGUGCGAUACUUGCGCGGGACCACGGGAACGUGUUUGGGAUUUGGGACACGGCGCCUGACGAUGAGGAAAGCGAGAUGCUCGGAUGGGGAUUGUACGUCUCUGGAUCGUAUUUUAAUCACGAUUGCAGUCCCAACCUCAAGAAACGUCGACAUAAACGGGGAAUCAACUUUUAUACCACCCAUGACGUCAACGCUGACGAGGAGCUGUGUAUCAGUUACGUUGAUGUUUGCCCGGGGGCAAGCGUAAUAAAUCGGAAGACCGCAUUGGAAAAUGAUUGGUUCUUUGUAUGUCAGUGCGCCAGGUGCGCCAGAGAAUCAAACGUUGAAAUAGACCUUUGUAUUAGAGAUUGA